AUGAGACCAGACACUUCAAUAGCACUUAUGUCAGCAGUUAUUUCUCUAACAUCUGGCGCCGGGGCGUUCCGAUCCGGCGAAGACCCUCAGUUUCCCUACAAGGUCCCCGCCCUCGACGCAGAUCGAUCUCCAUGUCCUGUGAUCAACAGUCUGGCAAAUCAUGGCUAUCUCCCUCGCGACGGCAAGAACAUCUCCAACGAGCAGUUUACCACCGCCUUUUUGACCGCUAUCAACUUUGAUGAGAAAUUCGUCUCUAUGGUAGCUGAACCCGUCUUUGCUGUUUCAACCACUGGCAACCCCAAAACUGUCAAUCUUAAGGACCUGGAGAAACAUAACGUUAUUGAGCACGAUGGCAGUCUUUCUCGCGCGGACAUCGACGUCACUGGUAACGCCAACAAGUUCGAUGCGGUCGUCUGGAACGGCGUCAAGGCGCAUUUCACUGGCCCGACAGUAGAUUCCAAGACAAUGGCAUUUGUGCGCAGUGAAAGGACCAGGGUUGCAAAAGCAACAAACCCGAGCUUCAACUUGACAGAGAAACAAGUCGGCGUUGCCUACGUCGAGGCUGCACUGGCUCUGGGUCUCAUGGCUGGGGAUUUCAAGAACCCCCAUGCGCCGACAGAGUACAUGAAUAUUCUUUUUGAGCAAGAGCGGUUUCCUUUUAACGAGGGAUUUCAGAGAUCGGCUACAAAGAUCACGGGGGAUCAAGUUGUGGAGUUGGCUGGGCAGUUGAGGAAGGAAAUGGUGCCUUAA